AUGGCUGGAUUCAGGGCCGCCAGCGGGGUGGAGUGGAGGCCUACAGGGGCGCCCACUGCCCAAUUCAACGGCCUGGUCGCCCUCUGGUGCCCGUUCCUGUUCCUGACAGCCACCGCACACAGCGUAGUCCCCGCUGGCUCUGCCGACGGCGCUUUUUCCCACGGAGUGGGUUUGUGCAAGGGUGCCGCUGAGCGUCGUCCACUCGGGCCCAAGUUGAAGCCUCUUCUUCGUCGACGACGCCGCCGUAUUCCCACGGCCGGGACCCUCCUCUGCCAGUCCUCACCCCCAACCAACACCAACGCGCCAGGCCCAAGCCGACGCUUAAGCCCAAAGCUCUGGGGAUGGAUCAUGGAUGGUCAGGCACGCACAGGAGUCAGUGCAUCUGGUGCCGUGUGCGGGCAGGCAAGCCACCAGCCAGCCGGCCAGCCAAGGUACGGGUACGGGCCAUCGGGUUAUUCCACCGCGCACAAGCAACACGGCUUCUUCACGGCCGGCCAGCCGGGUCGACCGUUCAACUCCGCCGCUGCAUCAUUCCAUCCCGCCAACUCGGAAUUUCUCGUCGACGGCUACUCAACCGAACGCUCCACGGGGAUGCGCCCUCUACGGUUUGCCCCGAGCUGA